GCAGCCAAAUCUUCCAAGCUGUUAGUCGUAAAAUUUAAUAUGGGUAUUAUUUCAGUUUGAGCACCGUUUUUGGAUGCAACAGCGGCCGCGUAGAUAUAUACUGUUGCCACAAUUAGGGCUAUUGCCGCUUCUAUCAGUUUCAAAGAUGUCGACUCGUAGACAUACUGAUCCAUAUAACGUCAUACGAAUAUGGAACGCCAUAAAAUCGACGAAACAGACACAAGUUGAUGUGUUCAAGAUAGUGAAAUACUUACACACUAGAGAGGAAUAUACACCCCAACAAGCAGAAAUCUAUAUAGAUCAGUGCUAUAAAGACAAAUUAAUUUUGUUGAGUAGAGGUAGUGGUAAACCGUCUGACCACCUCACAGCCUACAGAAUAACAACACAGGAAUUGCCAGAAUUGGGCGACCAUGAUUGGUAUUGUUUUGAAUGUCACAAAGCCGGAGAAGUGAGGGAUUGUAAAAAGUGUCAUAGAGUUUAUCAUCAGCAUUGUAUAUCAAAGGCGCAGAGGAGAUUUGAAACAUAUAAGAAAACAAAUAAUUAUAAUGUCUAUAAAAACAGAAGAAUUAUGCCAGACCACAUGGUGAACAUAUCGCCGAAUUCAGAUGAAUUAUUCGGCGAACACACUGAUCCAGAAAUAAAGGGAAGCGACAGUAUGGUUGAAACUGAAGUACAUAGUUCCUUGACUGAAGAGCAGAAAGAGUUGAAUGAAAGAAUCAACUACAAAUAUAAUAUCAAUUUAUGUAGUGUUUGUAAUAUUAAAAACGCAGAUGUGGGAUGUAUUUUGGAAAAAGAAGAGAUGAAUUAUUUGCUGAAAUUUGUUUUAGAUAGAAUAAGUACAUGGUUGCCACGUGCGAUCAUUCACACAAUGGCUCCGGAAGAAAAACCGGAUUAUCUGACCGAUACAGAACUAACAUGGAGAGCAAACCAACUCUUCUACGAACACAAAGACAUGUCGGUGAUUGAAGUUAACCUGAAUUCAAUUGCCUAUGAAAAACUUGCCGAUUUUCUAGCCGACAUAUAUACUGUACAGCACAACGUUGCCAUCUUUCAUGGACUUGACGCUCAAGAAUAUGGAGCGACAGAACUGAUGAUCCGCGAUACCUUAUACGACUUGACUGAAUUGAAGAACUGUCCUGAUUGUUACAAACACAGUAACGAGAAAAUUAAUCAGAAAUGGUUCUGUUUGCCUUGUAGGAACAACCAUGAAUUGGUUUGGGCCAAACAGAGGGGUUAUCCUUAUUGGCCAGCUAAGGUAUUAAAAGAGACACCUACCCAAUAUGAUGUUAGAUUCUUUGGAGGAAAAUAUGAAAGGGCAUUAUUACAGAAAAAUUUAGUGAAACCUAUUAGUGUACCAAAGGAGACAUUACAGAUAAAGUCGUCGUCGGCUUUUUCCAAAGCACUAGAAGAACUGGAGUACCAUCGGACGCUACUUAACAAUCCCCACGAGCUGGAAAAGUUAAAAGCCAGCUCCAAACUGAACCGCAAAACACUUAAUAAACGUACACCCCUGCUGCACGUAACGGAAUCCCCGCUGGCGGGUCCGACCAGCAGCUUCGACAACGGAACACCGCCUUUAAAAAAACGCAGGGGUAGACCGCCAGGUUCCUCCACAAAGAAAAAGCCUGAAAAAGCUGAUAAACCGGCCGGCGACAGUUCCAUUUCUGGUAACAGUGUCAUACACAUUUCCGAUGGGGAAGACGACGAACUACCAGCGGAAUACUCCUACAGGGAUAAUAGUUCAUUUGGAAAUGGCUUGUUUAACAUUGAUGACCAUUUCGAACAAGUCUCCAGUUCGACUGAAAAUUUCCGUAAUUCAGAAGCAGUGGGAUCAACUAAUAAUGAAUUAGGCAUGCACAGGCUGGAUCAACCCUACAGUGAUGCAGUGGAAAAAAUGAGGAGGAUGAUGGAAGGUGUGACUGAUCAGAAGACGUUAAUAAAAAUGGCAAUGGAUUGUAUGCAGUCAGAAUUAGACAAGUUGACCAACAACCACAAUGAACAUCUUAAACGACUGUUCGAGUCCCACAACAAUCAAAUAUCGGAAACUAAAAAGAAGCAAUGGUGUUACAAUUGCGAACAAGAUGCUAUUUAUCAUUGCUGCUGGAAUACUGCAUAUUGUUCACAGACAUGCCAACAGCAACAUUGGCAGGCUGAACACAAAAAGGUGUGUCGACGUAAACGUCCUGAUUCGGCUCCUUAGUGUGUGAACAAUAACCACUAAUCUGUCUAUAUUUUGGAUGUGUUAUAAAAUAUAUUACGUAUGUUAUUAAGUCAUUAUCAAAGAGUCCUUGACAAGUGUCCAUCAUUAUUUUACUGGAAAUAUUUAUUUUCUUUGGUACUGUUCAUGUUGUCUUAGUAUGAAAACAGCAUUAGUAAAUUUAUAUUUUCAUAUAAAAUGUAUUCUGUUAUUGUGUGUGUUCAAUGAAUCCUAAGAGAGAUUCUUGGAUUUUUUAUGAGAAAUUAAAUAAAAUUUUGUUUUCUCUCGUUCACGAAUUUGUUCAAAGUAAGGAUUCUUUGAAUACCCCUGUAUUUUACUUAGAAAUGAUAUUUUUAUCAAGUUACUGCACUUCAUUAAAAAUUUAAAUUUUUUAAUGAAUGUUAUUAUCUUUUAUUGUUUAACAUGUUCAUAUUGAUUUGUCAUUACAUCAUGUUUUAUUUGAUUUAAUACCACUGAAUGUAUAUUUGUAUAAUUUAGUUUUACAAGUGGUAAAACAAUUUUAAUUAAAAUUAUGACGAAAAAUAUUUGAACCAUUGUGAAUCUCCAUAUUGCACAUUGCUUGCUUGUUUUAUUUGUUAAAAAAUAUUUACGUCUUAUUAGACAUAAUCAAUCAUUUACCAUUGGCUCCUAUAAGUUUAAAUGCCAAUUUAUAUUUUGUUUUAAGUCAUUAUGUAUAUGUGUAGUAGCAAAUACUUCACAUUAGUUUUGGGGAUGCUCAAGUUGAUAUAGAGGCUUUUUAUUUUCCGUAUCGUGUUUUUUACAUUUCAAAGGGAGUUUAUAGUGUAUUCUAUGACAAGCUUUAUACUGCUUGCUGUUUUGAUUUAAUAUUGUUAACAUAAAAACAAAACACCAAUAAAAUGCUGUUCAGACAGACAUAUACAACUGCGCAAUAAUUUUAUUAAGUGCACUAACGAAUCAACGAAUUUCAAUUCUUUGAUUUGACACAAGUGCCUACAAGCUACACGCAUCUCCACACGUUUAGCUUAUUUCAGCGGAUUACAAUGUUUGAUAAUGUUUAGGGCGUCCCUUAAUUUCAUAGUUUGAUCACAAUUAAAUCAUGUAUCUGUGUCCUUAUUUUAUGUAUGUAACAUUUAUUUUUAGAAUUAUAUUUGAUUUUUUCAAAAAUACAUUGUUAUUGUAAAAUAAAUAUAAAUAAAAUCAAUUAUAAUUAAAA